UAAUUGAACAGAAGGAAAAAAAGCGAAGAAGCGCUAGAUUACAUAAUUCGAAAACUCCUUUCCCCCGCCUCCUCUUCCUGCUUUGGUAAAAAAGUCACGCCAGAAGCGAAAGAAAGAGAUCUAAAAUCUCCAGAUGGAGAAAAUGCCAUGGAUAGUGUCGUCUCAAGAUGUGGAUGCUCUCGCUCUCCAAUCGUAUAGCCGCAAGGAGAAAUCUCUAGGCGUUCUCGUCUCCAAUUUCGUGAGGAUAUAUAAUCGAGACGAUGUUGAUUUGUUUGGCAUCGAUGAGGCGGCUGCCAAAUUAGGAGUUGAACGACGGCGUAUAUAUGAUGUGGUUAAUAUACUGGAGAGCAUUGAGGUUGUGUCUAGAAAAGGGAAGAAUCUUUACUCUUGGAAUGGUUUUCUACACAUUCCUCGUUCUCUUCAUCAGCUCAAGGAAGAAGGUUUGAGAGAGGGUUUUGGUACCUCUAGUAUCUGCAGCAACUCAGACAAGGUUUCACAUGACGAUGAAAGUGAAGAGUCCUUCAGUUUAACGCCUGAUGAUCAAGACAACUCCUCCCUCUCUAAAUUGGACCACAAGAAGGAGAGUUCUCUCUGGCUACUCUCCCAGAACUUUGUUAAGAUGUUUCUUUGCUCUCAUGAUGAUCUCAUCACACUGGAUAGUGCUGCCAAAGCCUUGCUGAGCGACUCUCAAGAUCCAAUGCAUAUGAGAACUAAAGUUAGGCGGCUUUACGACAUUGCAAAUGUGUUAUCCUCCAUGGAGUUAAUCGAGAAGACUCAUAUACCAGGAACUAGGAAACCAGCUUAUAAGUGGUUGGGGUCCAAAAGCUUAACCGAAAAAGGAUCAAGCUUGUUUAACUCCCCCAAUGAAUCGAAGAAGCGGGUCUUUGGAACAGAGAUCACCAACUUGAGUACAAAGAGAAACAAAACAGAUUGUUCAUCAAACUACGUACAAAACGGAUAUAAGAAACAUGACGAGGAGGAAAAGAAACCAGCUGCAAAGAGCUAUGUGUUUGGCCCAUUCUCACCAACAGCUGCAUCUAAGAAGAACAACAUCAACAAUGCUGGAACCAGUAAUAGUGGAAGGCUGCAAGAUCUCGAGGCCCUUUCUUCUGCAUACAAACCUCAGUAUUGCAAUCAAGAUGUAACUGGUCUUCUUGGGCAUUACACGGAGGCAUGGAACAAAUGGUUUGCAGAGCUUGAUCGCAAAUAAAACAUUACUGUGCGGCCCCCAAAGGUAGAUUGUUUUCACUGGGUACAUGAUGAGAGCACAUAAACUCACAGAACAUCAUAGUUUUCUAGUCUUUCCUUAAUCAAGAAUCAACGUAUUGUUGUUAUUUGUUAAUAAAAGUCACCCAACAAAAAAUAAUCCAUGUAAUUUUUUUGCCCCAGUGACUUUGUCUAGUGGACUAGUAGCUCCGUCCAUCCAUCUAGAUUCGAAUUCGUACU